GCGACCAACACUCUCGUUCUGAAAACGAAGUGUGGACAGACGUAUCGCGUACCUUUCAUAGGUACCACGGCGACACCACGCCCCGAUCCUCCUCCCCCGGAGCCUUAAGUGCCCACACCAUCUCCCUCUAUCACUGUCACCUCGCCUCGGCAGUUCGCUCACUUCAUUCGACAGGAAGACAUCACCUUCUUUAUGGUGGACGUGACGGAUCUCUUACACUAUGAUCCACCCUGUCCCGACGCCGAGCUCAUCCCUCUGGAGCCAGAUCCUCCCUCUAUCUCCAUGGCUCUCAUCUCUAUUUCCGUCCCUCCGCCGUCCGUCGAGUCCACCCCGCCGUCGCGCGCUGACGCUGACGCUGAGGAACUCGCACGAUAUACGGCUGACUUGGAGCCCGCAGUUCGUGACCUCAUCCGAGAGUACCACGACGUUUUCCCAUCGUCGUUCUCGUACGCCGGCAUCCCACCGAUGCGUGACGUCGAGCACUCUAUUCAGCUUGUGCCUGACUAUCGUGUUCACCACCAGGCACCCUGCAGACUCUCGAUCCCCGAGGCCACCAAACUCAAGCGUCAUCUUGAGGAACUCCUGAGACUGGGUUUCAUUAAACCCAGCAACUCCCCGUGGGGUGCACCCGUUCUCUUUGUUCGCAAAGCGGAUGGAACUUUUUGUCUCUGCAUCGACUACCGCGGUCUCAACCGCUACACGGUUAAGAACAACUACCCUAUGCCUCGUUCCGAUGAGUUGUUCGACCUCCUAGCAGGCAACCGCUUCUUUACGAAGAUCGAUCUUCGUAGCGGUUACCAUCAUAUCCGCGUCGCUGCAACCGACGAGCCGAAGACCGCGUUCCGAUCGCGAUUCGGCCACUACGAGUUCACGGUGAUGCCAUUCGGCCUCACCAACGCACCCGCUACCUUCCAGACGGCGAUGAACGACAUCUUCAGGGACAUCCUGGAGCAGUACAUUCUCGUCUACCUCGACGAUAUCCUGGUCUAUAGUCAUACCCUUGAGGAGCACCUCAGACACCUCCGCGACGUCCUUGACCGCUUGCGCAGACAUGGCUUCUACGCCAAGUUGAGCAAGUGCCGCUUUGCCCAUCACAAAGUGGAUUUCUUAGGACACUACGUGUCUGACCAGGGUCUCCCCAUGAACGACGCGAAGAUCACUGCUAUUGCGGAGUGGCCCGCCCCCACAUUAGCGUAUUCCUACGUCCUUACCUCCACCCUCCUCCGGAAGAACCCACCCUGGGCUUGGACACCCCUCCACGAGGACGCCUUCCACGCCCUCAAGAAGGCGGUGACAUGCGCACCGGUUCUUCACCUACCCGAUUUCGAUCGCACUUUUAUCCUUACCACCGAUGCAUCUAACUUUGUUGUAGAAGCAGUGCUUUCUCAGGUCUUCCCCUCCUCUCUUGAUUCCUCUCAUCCUCGUAUCCCUCGCUUCCCACCACCUACCCCUACCACCGCUUCCCGAAUGACGCCUACUCGUCCAGCUACGGACGAGCCUUCUAUUGACUAUUCUUCUACCAUCGUCGAGGACGGCAAUGUCGAGUCUCGCUCAGGUGAUUGUCCGAUAGCCUUCUACUCCCAUCAGCUCCUGCCCGCCGAGAUAAACUACACUGCUGAUGAACGUGAGGUUCUCGCAGUAGUUAAUGCCGCUCGGCACUGGCGUCACUACCUGCACGGGGCACCGUUCAUGGUGCGUACGGACAACUCUGUUGUCCAGGCUUUUCUGACAAAACCGAAGCUCACUCCUCGACAGGCUCGCUGGUGGCGCGACGUAUCCGAGUUUAGUUUCACCACUGAGCACAUCAAGGGUGAGACUAAUCGGGUCGCAGGUGCCCUAUCCCGGCGCCCUGACCACGACCAGGAGCACAUCCAGCUCUCUUCCAUCUCGGUCACCACCGUCCACCACUCGGUGAUCGACGAGUUUCGCACUCAGUACCGCCACUGCCCCGACUAUCGCGACAUCCACGCGACCCUUCGGAGUGGCAAGACCGUCCCGAAAUGCUCUCUCGGGGACAACGGUCUUGUGUACUGGCACGGUUCACAAGGCACCAGAGAGCCCCGUAUUUGCGUUCCCUCCACUGGAAAGCUACGUGUCCAAGCAGUAGCAGAGUUCCAUGACCAGGCAGCCGCCGGUCAUAUGGGCUUCCACAAGACGUUGGCCAGUGUGAGCCGCGUGUACGUCUGGCCGAAGUGCAAGGACUUUGUGAAGGACUACGUCGCAAAUUCCAUCUCGAUGGACUUUAUCGGUCCUCUUCGACCUCCGGCCCCCCGCGGUCAUGAUGCUAUCCUGGUCGUCAUCGACCGCUUCACGAAGCGUGCACGCUUUGUUCCGUGCCGCUAUGCUAUCAGUGCACGUGAGGUCGCCGACAUUGUGUUUGACCGAGUCGUGCGCGACCACGGCUUACCUCUCAGCAUCAUAUCUGACCGUGACCCGCGCUUUACCAACCGAUUCUGGCGACGACUCCACGAGGUAUACGGCACUCAGCUCCGCUUCUCCUCGUCUGACCAUCCUCAGACUGAUGGUCAGACCGAGAUCACGAACAGGACUCUCGGAGAUAUUCUCCGAAAGAUUGUUCGUGACGACCAGCAGUGGGACCUCCAUCUUGCCCACGCGGAGAUAGCCUACAACCACGUCGUCUCGCCAGCCACGGGGAUGUCGCCUUACUAUUGCGACCUCGGCUAUCACCCUCGUGUUCCCGCGGACUUCCUUCGACCGUCACAGAUGCACCCCGACACGAGUUGUCCCGCGUUGGAUGAUUGGGUUGCACACAUGACGUCGAUCAUGAAGACUCGCAUGGCACUUCCCAGACUCGCAUGGAAGCACGUACGAACCGAUCGAGGAUGGAUCAUCCAUUCAAAGUCGGUGAUGAUGUGCUUAUCGACGCCCGCCACUUACAGCUCGAAGCGGAUACGCUUCGCAAGUUUCGGCGUCGCUUCUUUGGUCCAUGCCGCAUCCUCCAGGCCGUCGGUUCUGAUACGGCUUCUAGCGCGGUCAGCUUUCGUGUGAAGCUGUCCGACUACGCCAGGCUCGUGUGCACGAUGUCUACCACGUCUCGUUACUGCGUCCUUACCGCAGA